AUGGAAAAUUCGCCUCAAGAAAUUUUACUUGUAUCUGACUCAUCUUCCGACCUUUUCCCAAAAAUUUCUAAUUUCAACACACAUAAUGGAAAAGAUCCUGAGAGUCCUUAUCAGGAAGCGAUGUCUACAGAAGACCCAGAAUAUCUUGAAGAUCCCAGUUAUAUGCUUUAUUUUAGUGAUAUCAAGCUAAAUGGUGAUUUUUCAAAAUUAAACCCAAUUAAUGUUUGCAAAGAGAUAUCAAAUUCAAAUAAAAGUAAACAAAUCAGACGUAAACGGAUUUUAAAGUCUAAAUCAAGCAGAUGAACUGCAGACGAAGAUAAGCUCCUAAUUGAGCUUUAUUUCCAAUACGCUCUAGACUGGAAAACUAUUGCACAAUUUAUACCUGGCCGAGCAGCAGACGCUGUAAAAAAUCGGUUUUACGGAGUUAUUAAGAAAAAUGCAUCAUGAAGUGAUCAAAAAAACUUAAACAUGGUUGUCCAAAAAGCUAGAGAAAAUAGGGCAAAUAGCGAUUGCUCAGCUCUUCCUAGUAUUAGUGAUGAAACUGGCACUGAGAAGCUUGAAGUGCUUGAAAAAAACAGCACGAUUUUGGAUAAAAGUCUAAACGAAUUGAAAAACGGCUUGCAAAAAAAUGGAAACAAAAUAAGCUCAGAGGCAAAAGUUGUAUAUUUGGAUACUCUAAAAAAGAGUGCGGAAAAGCUUGAAGAACAAAUUAAACAAGUCAGAGAUAUGUUAAGAAAUUUUCCAGGAGAUAAACAAAAUUAA